CCAUUCCCUCAUCCUUUGACCAUGGAGCGCGAGGAGGAAGAGGACCCGUACAGGGCUAUCCAGUAUGGCGAUUUUGCGACGUACUUUCGGCACAAGAAGCAGAAGCUCCAGCUGCAGCAGGAGGAAAUCGCGGCGCAAGCGGGCCCUAACUUGUCCCAGAUAUUCGAAGGGAUUGUUGUCUAUGUCAACGGCUACACAGACCCGCCAAUUCAUGAAAUCAGGAAUAUGGUCGUUCAACGAGGUGGAGUGUUUCGGCAAUACUUAUCAAAGAGCACGACAACGCAUAUCAUCGCAUCCAAUCUUACACAGGCUAAGAUGAAAGAGUUCCGUAAAUACAAAGUCGCUAAACCAGAGUGGAUUACAGAAAGCGUCAAGGCCAAUAGGUUACUCUCCUGGCACAAUUUUAGUGCUCUUAGGGUGCCAAACUCACUUUCAACGUUCGGAAGUACAUCCCAGACAUCACCCUCCAAGACGUUCUUACAGUCGCAUGGCCAACCUUCAGAGCCAGUACAGAAUUUUCCGCCCUCGGAGUAUGGUGAGCUCAAUCAUCACAAAGCAGAGAUGACGAAAAGCGCGGAACCCAAGUCUCUAGAUAAACAUCAGGCAUGGCGACGGGACCAACCGACUCAAUUCAAUAGCGAUUCAGCAAAUUGGAAGCACACUAACGUCCAUGACGGGCAGGAUCCGAACAUGGCUUCUGAUGAUGGGGAACCGUCCGCUGGGAUCAUAAAGGAGGACGAGGAUUUUUUCUUUGACGAUUUAGAUUUUGGCCAGCUGGAACUGCAAUUGACGCCGCAAAACGAGAACCCUGAACUUGCCAGCGAUACACACACAAACAGCCGACGUGAACAGAAAUUUGAUCAGUCAAACCACCCUUCAACUGCUGGAUCCAUUGAACUUUUGACGAUCGACAUACCUCCCGCUCUGAAUCCGCACGCGCGUCUGGAUGCCGCAUUACUAGACUCUGCCAUCUCUGAAAAUUUUAAGGCCAUGGAAACGAGUUGCAAUGGGACCCUACAGGUCCCUGCUGCACCGGUCAACCGACAUCCUACGCUGAUUGAGCUCUCUGUACCGUGGAAUCGUCUCAACUCAUCCACUCAGCCUGGCUUCGUAGAAAAGUUCUAUCAGUCCUCGCGCCUUCACUAUCUUUCUACGUGGAAAUCAAAGCUGAGAGAUAUUACAGCAGAGUUCCAGAAGCACAAGACACCUCCUUCGUCUAAUGUCAAAAACAAGACAAUCAUGCACAUUGACUUUGAUUGCUUUUUCGCUUCUGUCGCCACGAGAGGCAAUCCCGAGCUUCAAAGCAAGCCCAUCGCUGUAGCACAUGGAUUUGGGGGCUCGACCUCCAACAGCGAGAUUGCUUCAUGCAACUAUAUUGCCCGCGAAUUCGGAGUCAAGAACGGCAUGCACUUGCUUAGCGCCAGAUCUCUUUGCCCCGACUUGUUAGUUGUACCCUAUGAGUUCCAAAAAUACGAGGACACCUCUAUUGAGUUUUACAAGAUCCUUUUGAGUUACGCGGAUGAGCUACAAGCAGUUUCUGUGGAUGAGGCACUGGUGGACGUGACAUCCAAAUGCACCUUGUCCUGGGGCCCGCAUGUCCAGCUUAGCAAGCACGGAGCGAGUUCGAUAAGGUUAGACCCUGAGACCUUUGCUGAGCGUGUUCGAAACGAGAUUUUCUCGGCGGCAGGCUGCCACGCCAGCGUUGGAAUCGGACCCAACAUUCUCCUUGCAAAACUGGCCACAAAGCGCGCCAAACCCCAUGGACAAUACAUUUGGCCAAGUGCUCCAGGAUCGGAUCGAACGCUUCGCGAGCUACAAGGCCCUGUGUUGCCAGCGAUGGAUUUAGACCUGGAUCUGCCCCUUAUAGCCUCGAGCAUCGAAGACGAUUUUCAGUCUCACACCCAGGAUUCUAUCCCACUAAAGAAAUCGAAGGCUCUCAAAGAGUUCAGCGUUAAGGAUCUUCCUGGAGUCGGAUACAAAAUUACGCAGGACUUGCAGGAGCGCUUUUCUGUGAGCACGUUGUACGGAUUGCAACAGAUUUCAAGGGAGGAAUUGCAAAGAAUUUGCGGGAUGAGGACUGGUGAGAUGCUUUAUAACUCUUGUCGCGGGAUUGACGAGACGACUCUUUCUUCGGACCGUGAGAAGGCUCGCCAAAGUGUCAGUGCCGAGAUCUCAUGGGGGGUAAGGUUCGAGAACCAGGAUCAAGUCGAUAUCUUUUUACGAGAUCUCGCGAAGGAAGUGAGCAAGCGUCUGAAAGAAAUUGACAGGAAGGCAAAAUCCGUGGUGGUCAAGGUUAUGAAAAGAAAAGAGUAUGUCGCGGGAACGUGGAAACAUCUGGGACAUGGUCCUGUCGACCAGUUUGCUAGAACAGGCCAGCUUCCCGUGUACACUGACGAUCCAGAGCUGAUUGCAAAAGAAGCCUGUAAUUUACUCCAAUACUUUAAGUUUAGUGUUCUAGAUCUAAGAGGGCUAGGAAUCCAAAUGCUAAAACUCAAUAACGACGUCGUAAGCACGGUCCCAAAGUCUGCGUUUGCGCCCCAAGACUCCAUGAACCAAACCACUCUGACCUCGGCCAUGUUUCAGCAAAAGCGCCGUGCUACUCUACCGGCUAGUAGCGUAAAUAUUCGAUUUCAGGAUCACGUAGAGGGUAGCACAGCCUCGUCGGCCACAGCCCCGUCAGUGCUUGCGACAGAGAACAAGAAAACAGAUCAAGACUCGACGAUGGAAAUUGAUAGAGACACUUUCAACGAGCUGCCGCCAGAGAUUCAAGCGGAGCUCUCGCGCCACCAUCGACUUGUGUUUCUCAAUGUUGGCCAGCCUUCAGGGUCGAACAAGCCUACAGACUCAGUGGGUCCUAUGUGUAAGGGUCAUGCUACACAUUAUGUCGAGAGCUUGCAGAAUAAUGAGACGCCUGCGACGUUGCGGACCAUGCCGUCUCGGUCACAGCUGGAUCCAGCGGAGCUCAUGGCCUUAUCAACAUCACUUAUACGAGGCACGCUCAAUGAGUACGCUGGAAAGCAGCAGGCCGACCAACGACAAUCUGAAAGCAGCCAUGCUACUAUUAGGAAUCAGUCUAUGAUGGAUAGCAUUCUCCCAUCACCUUCCAAGCUGGACAGAUCCGUGCUUCAAGCAUUGCCACCAGAGAUUCGCGCAGAAAUCGAGCAGGAAUAUACCCAUAUCAUUGAGAACCAUGAAUUGAUUCGGAAACUUGUGCGUACUAGCUCAAAUUAUGGCAAUGCUGUGCCUGGAAGGCCCUUAUUGCUUCAGUCUCCUCUCACCAAUUAUGCAGGAAGUAACCGAGGAGCCAGCAGAGGUGCGACUCGUGGAUUUGGUCGUGGAUUUGGUCGUGGACGAGGUCGUGGCAGGGGUCGUGGUAGAGGCCGCAGGAAGGACCAUGAAAGCGCAAGUCAUGGUGAUAGCGAAUCCAUCAUUGGAAGAGCAGACCAUUGUGAAUGGGAUGGAGAAGGUUCUGGGAGCGAGCAAUAUCGGGCCGCUGUUGAGCCUAACCAAACUCCUAACCUAGAUCCGGACUUUCUUGCAGCUUUACCUCCAGAUAUCCGGAUUGAAGUGGAAGCUGCACAUAGGUUGGAGGUAGCAAAGCACCGACAGAGGCAAGCAGAGCUCGCGGCGGAGGCGAGACGUAAAACUACGGCGAUGUCUGCAGGGAGUAGCAUGGAGGGCAGCGUUUUGAACUCAGAACGUGUUCUUCCAAAGCACCCUACCCUCAUGGGCCUUCGCGAGGUGGAUGAACUGCGAAAGAUGUUAGCAGAGUGGGUGCAGUCAACCUUGCUGGAAGGAAAUAGCACUGCUGAGGACAACCAAUCCUUGUCGGCUGACGCCGCUUUUGGUUCGAUUCUGUACGACGAAGGCCCAAACCCAGAAGAUGUGCGCUCAUUUUCGGACUUUAUUACGAGGGUGAUUUUCAUGGAAAGGGAUCUGGAGAGGGUACGCUUGCUGCUUCGGUAUCUUCGACGAAGGAUCCAAGUCAACGAGAGCAAGGCUGCACCUACACACCUAAAUCCUAAGCAUGUUCGAGUCCUCAUUACCUGGUCAGAUGCGUUUAGCAGAGUAGUCAGCGUUGCUCAGCGGCUGAUAGCAGAACUCUAUGGAGGGUCGUUUACCAUUGACUGAAUUCCACGCACUCUCAUUACAAAUAAAGUCAACCAUUACUGAG